AUGUUGGUUAUUUAUUUAUUUAUUUUUUAGCAGUUUAGUAAGAGCAUAAAUAAACUGUAAGAAGAGAGAAUAAAUAUUCUUUAAUCUAAGUUUAUCAUCCUCUAACUUUGUUUGAUUUUUAUAUAUAUUUUAUAGGUGAUUUAUUUAUUUAUUAAUAUAUUUUAUUUGGUUAAUUAAUUUACUAAUUAAUUAGUAAAUCACUCAGUUGAAAAAUUUGAUAAAAUAUUUGGUUUUUUAAUUAUAAAUAUCAUUCUAUUUUAUAUGGCUAAAAUUUUAAUUAUUAAUUAAUUGCCUUUAGUUAGUUGCUAUUUAUUUCACCACUAAUGA